AUGGCUGAAUCUGCAGAAACAUCAGCUUUAAGAAGAAAUUCAAAAGAUGUUGCUUGGGAAUAUGGGAUGUUGUGUAAUCCUAAAAAUCCUGAUAAGGUGAAGUGUAAGUUAUGCGGGAAAGAAUUUUCAGGUGGGGCAUAUAGGAUGAAAGAGCACAUUGCAAAGAUUCAAGGAAAUGUUUCUGCUUGUCCAUUAUCAUCAAAAGAGGAUCAAGAAAAGUGUAAAACUGCUAUUGAUGAAGCAAAGAAGAAAAGAAAAAACAAAAUGAUGUCAGAUGUUGACUUGAGAAAUUCUGUAAAAAUAUGUGAUGAUGGGGAAGAGGAUGUUGAACUUGGAGAGAUGGGAACAAAAAAGAAGCCACGAACACUUGGUCCAAUGGACAAGUUUGCAUCAGAUAUUAACCCACGACUUUCUUCCAUUCCAACAAAGCAACAAAAUAUAAGUGAUGCGCUUUGGAAAGAUAGACUUCAUAAAGUUCAUCAAUAUGUUGCAAGAUGGGUUUAUGUAGCUGGUGUCUCUUUUAAUUCUACAGGAAUUGAUGAGUUUAAGUUGAUGCUUGAAGCUGCAGGACAAUUUGGUCCAGGAGUUACACCACCAAGUCAAUACCUCUUACGUGAGCCUUUAUUGAAAGAAGAAGUUGGUAGAGUGAAAGGUUUGUUAAAGACCCAAGAAGAAGAGUGGAAGGAGAAUGGUUGUUCAGGAAUGACUGAUGCUUGGUCUGAUAGAAAAAGAAGAAGUAUUAUGAAUUUGUGCAUCAAUUGUAGAGGAGGAACUAUGUUUCGCUCUUCUAGGGAGUGUUCCGAGGAUGCUCAUACAGGUCAAUUUAUUUUCGAGUUUGUUAAAGGAUGCAUUGAGGAUGUUGGGGUAGAGAAUGUGGUUCAAGUGGUAACCGACAACGCACCAAACAAUAUGGCUGCAGCUAAGAUCUUAAAAGAGAAAUUACCAAGCAUUUUUUGGACAUCAUGUGCUGCUCAUACAGUGAACUUAAUGCUAGAGAGCAUUGGGAAACUCCACAACUUUAAGACGGUCAUUGACAGAGCUAAAGGUUUCACCAUCUUUGUUUAUGCUCACCAUAAGACUUUGGCAAUGAUGAGGAAAUUCACACAAAAUAAAGAUAUUGUGAGACCGAGAGUCACUAGAUUUGCGUCAUGCUUCUUAACACUACAAAGUUUAAUGGAUAAACAAGAUAAGUUAGAAGCCAUGUUUAUUAGUACUGAUUGGAAAAGGUGUAAAUGGGCAAAGCAUCCUAAAGGAGUAGAAGCCUAUAAAACAGUGAGAAUUGAUGGGGACAAGAAGCCGACGAUGGGUUACUUGCAUGGGGAGUUAACACAAGCAAAAGUUGAGGUGCGUGGUGGGUUGAACAAUGUUGAAAAAAACAUACAACCAAUCAUGAAUAUCAUUGACCAAAGGAUAAAGGGUCGGCAUGACAAUCCUCUGCAUUUGAGUGCUUAUUUUUUGAAUCCUUACUACUUCUACAAGGAUUCAACCAUCCCAUUAAAGGAUAAUUGCAAUGUCAUCAAUGCUGAAAUUACUAAGUACAAAAAGAAAGAAGAUAACUUUGGGACACUAUGGGCCAUCAAAGGUUGUGAAGAUAACAAAGAUGAUUAUGAUCCAGUUGAAUGGUGGAGUACUUAUGGAACUUCAGUUCCUAACUUACAAAGAAUGGCUAAGAGGAUAUUGUCUUUAACGACUAGUUCAUCGGGAUGUGAAAGGAGUUGGAGCUCAUUUGAAGGGAUACACACAAAGAAGCGGAAUCGGCUUGAUACAAGUCGCUUGAAUAAUCUUGUUUUUGUCCAGUUCAAUACUAGAAUUAUGAACAAAAGAAAAAAGGUACAAAAGGAGAAGAAUAUUGAUAUAUUAGUUGCUGAUCACGCUAUUUAUGCUCAAGAAUGGAUUAUUGAGGGUGAAAAUGGAGAAGAGGACUUGGAUGUGGAUUUAGGACUUGGCAGUGGCGAGAGAGCUGGAAAGAGAGCUGGAGAGGGAGCUAGAGAGACAUCAAUGGCGGGUAAUGUGGGUGAUGUUAGAGAAUUGGAUGAUGAAGUUGUCAUUUCUGAUGAUGAAGAUGAAGAACAUGUUGAUAUUGACUUCGAAUCAGAUGGAGAUGAAGUUCAAGAUAUAUACGGAGUAUAA